AUGGACUCCCCGAAAGCCAUAGUAAACCCACUAAACCAGAAGGUGCCACGCAAUGCCAGAUCCGCCUUCUGGCGCCAUUUCGAAAAAGGAAUGAAUAAGGAAGGCAAGGAGGUGGUCAGAUGUCUAUAUUGUUCUAAAGAGUAUCUCGGUCGAGGGAUCACAACAUCAGUACGAUAUCAUGCUGAACAAGAACAUGGAGUACGAGAGGAAGAUACGGUCAAGAUUGGCUCGGUCGAUGGCGAAAAUGACUGCGAAUUGGUCGAAAAUGGGAAUUUUGAAAAUGUGGAUAAGAUGGAUCAACCUCAUAUGACUGCCCAACAGAUAUUAGGGGGGUUUUUGAAUAAUGAACUUAUGCAAAUUAUUAAUAAUGACACUGAUGCCCCAUUGGCUUCUAAACUGUUGGCUGAAUUGGCUACUGCUGCUAAGUUAAUAUUGGUGAGUACUCGCACUAUCUACUGUAUCUACUCUACCGUACCGUACCCAUACUCUACCCUAACCUACUCAACCCUACCCUACCCUACCCUACCCUACCCUACCCUACCCUACCCUACCCUACCCUACCCUACCCUACCUUACCCUACCCUACCUUAGCCUACUCAGCCCUGCCCUACCGAAGAGAUGCAUCUUACAUAAGAAAAUCUGCCCGGCCUUAAAAUACAUCUGCCCUAUAAAAUUUUUUAUUCAGAAGUAACACCAUCCCCAUAAACAUGUACAAUACCCAAAAAUCAACCUUGGUAUUAAAAAAAAUUACCUUACCCUAAAGAAAAGUUCACCGUGCUUAUUGUUAUAUUACAUUCCAGGCUGAAUCCCCCUCCCAACUCUCGACCAAUGAAGAGACACAAAUCCUCCGCGCCGCAGUAAAAUGUCAUGUUCACUUAACAACGCGCAAUGUAAUCCCAUCUACAUCGUAUGCCGAGAGUUUGGACGAUCGUGACAUCAGAAGUCUUCAACAUCGUGCUUCUUUCAAUCGCAUGGUCGAGCAGUUUGAACAAAGUGGCGUGACAAUACCGGCCAAAGAGAUCGACAAGGUCUUGGAGGUUUUGGCGGAAUUGAACUUUACCGGGUUUUUGUUUCAAAAAAUCGACCGGUCGGAUAGAAGGAGGAGCUGA